AAAUUGCCGAAUUUAAAAAAAUAGUGGGCAACCUGAUUGAACUGGUAGAUCAGCUUGCAAAAGCCACAGAAAAUGAGAAGAUCAAGGCAAUCGGGGCCCGUAACUUAUUGAAGUCCAUAGCAAAGCAAAGAGAGGCCCAACAGCAACAACUCCAAGCAUUGAUCGCCGAGAAGAAGACGCAGUUGGAAAGGUACCGAGUGGAGUAUCAAACACUGUGCAAAAUAGAAGCGGACCAGAAUGAAUUCAUCGACCAGUUUAUCUUCCAGAAGUAGACCAAGAACUGAUGGCAACCAGCAGACCAAGAGAACUUGACCCAUUCCUGUUGUUCCAAAGCAGGCAAUUCGGACCGGCUGUGAAAGCAUCGACUGAGGACACACCUUCCAAGAUCUCCUCUCCAAUCCGAAGAGUUUUCAUUGUCCCCAAGCAACCUGCCCUGGGGUUGGAGAUAACGAAAAUAACACGAUUGGCAGGUUCCCUGGGAAGAUGUUUGUGAUUGGAUGUGCUUCCAAAGGAUGAGAAGGAAGGAGCAAUUCUUGUAUUUAAGUCUUCUCUUUUUUUUUUAGCAGCUGUUUAUAAUGAGAGUUUACAUCACUAAACAGUAUUUCUCACAGGGUUUGUGCAUCUUCCCCACUUUUUAAGAAAAUAAAAUGCUUUCGAGGAACAA